GACAGAGGACUGAGUGGGACGGUUCCUGCCGGAGGGAACUGGAGCGGGAUCUGAGGAACGCCGCCGACGGAGACGAGUCGUCCGGGAGAGACGGGUCUAAGCGGGUGGAGUCGGACAUGGACCCCCAGGACAAGCCCUGCCUGGACCCAGCGGCGGUGCUGUCCCCGCUGGGCGGGGCUCGGCUCUGCCAGGUGCUUCUAGCGGGUGCCACCGUCACCCUGGUGGCCUAUGGGGCAGGUCACAGCAGCCCCUACGGGACUUUCUGCAUGGCGGCAUGGUGCCUGUGCCUGGGGGCAUCGCUGACGGAGUUCCUGCUGGAGGCGACGCGGGCCUGGCGCCGGCUGCCCGUGUCCUGGCCUGAGCUGACCGCGGCAGCGACCAUGCUGCUCGCCUUGCUGAGCGGCGCCGCUUCCCUCAUCUACCCUCUGGUGUUCCUGCGCUCCGCCUGUCCAUACGGUAUUUGCGGGGGGCGGGACUAUCGCAUCGCCGCCACCGCCUGCUCCUGCGCCUGCUGCGCCGCCUUCAUCGCUGAGCUCCGCCUCGCCCGCACGCGCCGGGGCCGCCCGCCCGCCUACAUGGCCACAUGCCCGGGGCUGCUGAAGGUCGCCCAGGCCGCCGUCACCGCCGUCAUCUUCAGCUUCCUGGCCUGCGACGCCGAGUUUGGCCACUACCCGCCAGCGCUCUACUGCGCCGCGGCCUUGGCCCUCUGCUUGGUUGCCGGCAUGGCCGUGGUGGGGCUGGCCGUGUGCGGCAGACAUGCGUCUUCAUGCCUGGCAGCAGCCUGCGGCCUGAUCGGUGCCCUUCUCCACGCCAGCGCCGUCGCCGUCUGGCACGUCUUCUGCCUGCAGACUCGGCGGCCUGGCACUGGGGGGGGGCAGGGCGGCUGUCCACGCGGGAGCUGCCCUUGGGACAGCCGGCUGGCGGUGGCUGCCUUCGCCUACGUCAACCUGCUGCUGUACGCCGCCGACUGCGCCUGCACCCUGAGGGCCUGCUGCGCCUCCCGCCGUUCCCGCGCCACGCCCUCGGAUUCUACCGGACACAUAUCCUUCCUGAAGAACAGCCGGCGGCCACAGUCCACCUGUACCCCCCACAGAGUCUACCUGGUCUCCUAACCCCCUU